AACGUGGGGCUCAGUCUCACGACUACAAGAUCAUAACCUGAGACGAAGUCAAGAGUCUGACGCUGAACCCACGUACCACCGAGGCACCCCAAGAGUUCCAUUUUUUGAUACUGUUGUUUCAUGAGUUGGAAAUUAAUUUCAGUGUUGUUUAAAUAAUUUUAAUUCAGGUGAGUGAAAUGAAUCCCUGAUAUUGAAGUUUAAGUUCAAUUUUAUCUUUUUACAUAGAGAUUAAAAAACAUAAAUAGGUUUGAAAAUUGUUAGGAAGAGUUUAGAAUCUUUGUGACAAUUAUUUUGAAUGCUCAUCAGAAUAAGUGUGACUCUCUACCUAUUUAUGCUUGCUAUAUUUUGGAGAGGAAAUUACUAUAAAAAGUGGCCUUUCCAUUCAGGAAUCUAGGAGUGAUAAUUUAGCACUAAAGGGAAUUUGUUGUAAUAAUAAUAUAAAUACUUGCUCAUGAGCUCACACCAGCACUGUUAUAAUUAACAUACUUGGUCAAAUAAUUCUUUUAAUCAAUAAAUAUUAAACUCCUGCAUUCCAAGCAGUGUGUCAGACCUGGGAAUACAGCAUACAGAGGUGAGUGUAUCAUAUUCCCUCCCCUUAAGAAGUUCAUUUGUUAGGCAGAUAUGCAAACGUGUGAGUGUUAUCAUGGUCAGGAGCAGAGUGUGUGACAGCAGAGGGGAGAGCAAGCUUGGAUGGGUGGCCAUGCACUCACUGAAUUUGGGAAGGAAUGCUGGAAGAAGAGAGCAGGUUUGAAUAGAUAGUUUUUUUUACAUUGAAAGAACCAACUCCUGGAAUCAUGGCUCUUUUUUAUAUGUGUUCUUUGAAUUAUUUCAGUGCAUAGGCUCCUCCCAUGAGAGCUCUAUUCAUGUACAUUUUUGUGCAGUGUCUUCUUACCGUGAUAUGUUGUACAAACAGAUGUGUUCAACAAAGCUUCCAGUGUAAUUAGUAGCAAGACUUGAUAAGAGAAGUGGUUCUUCUAACUUGAAGACCUGCUUCCAUCUCUUUCCUUUGCCUCUACUGUAGUGUUAUAAGUCCUAUAGAUGGGAAGUCCAUGGAGUCUAUAACAAGUGUGAAGAUAUUCCAUGGAUCGGAGUAUAAAGCAAAUGGAAAAGUCAUCAGAUGGACAGAGGUGUUUUUCCUAGAAAAUGAUGACCAGCAUAGUUGCCUGAGUGAUCCUGCAGAUCAUAGCCGAUUGACUGAGCAUGUUGCCAAGGCUUUUUGCCUUGCUCUCUGUCCCCACCUUAAGCUUCUGAAGGAAGAUGGAAUGACUAAACUAGGACUACGUGUGACACUUGACUCAGACCAGGUUGGCUAUCAAGCAGGGAGCAAUGGCCAGCCCCUUCCCUCACAGUACAUGAACGAUCUGGACAGCGCUUUGGUGCCGGUGAUUCAUGGAGGGGCCUGCCAGCUCAGUGAGGGCCCCAUCGUCAUGGAACUCAUCUUUUAUAUUCUGGAAAACAUCGCAUAGACAGGACUUCAUUGUUUUUCUGUUCAGACCUGUUGCAACAGCAGUCAUACCCAAAUCAUUUGCACUUUAGAACUGGAAGAUUAAGCUUUUGUUAACACUAUUAAAUGGGGGGGUGGGGUGGGAGUGGGGGCAGGGGUGGGAAAGGGUGGUUGGGGGACAGAUGUUCCAUAAUUCUGAGUCUUCUAUGCAUUGUCCACCAGGAAGAUCUGGGCAGCUUCUGUUACUGCACAAGUUAUGCUAGCCUUGCCGCUAAUCCCCUUCCGUUACUGUUUAGACAAAAUUCCUGCUCCUCUCUUUUAAGAUUUACUUAUGGUCUUGUGCUCAGAAAUGCUCAAAUGGGUACAACCAUCACCAACGAUGGGGUUGGGAGGGCAGAGGGAAAAUAAAAAAAGCAUUGGUCUUGCACUCUUUGUACAGAUUUGAUGUAAAAAAGAAUUCCACGUUGAUUUUGUCCCACUUACAUCACAGUGACUUCAAGCAGAAUUCACACUUAGAUUUUUUUUAUCAGCUUAUUCACUGAAGUGAAUCAGAGACCCAGUGGAUUAUCUCUUCUAUCCAAGGAAGGGCAACUCAGUGUAAGUGAGGUCACUUGGAUAGCAGAGCUGAAUUCAGGAUUGCUCAGGAUCUGCCUGAGUGAAUGGCAGGUAUUGAAUUGGGUCUUUCUGUGAAAACUGACAGAAUACACUCAAGGCAUUUUUAGUUCUACACUAGAGGUAUUUAAAAAGACUUUUUAUUGAGAAAUAAUUUAAACUUCCAGGAAAAUUGCAAAUACAAAAAAAGCCUAUGUACGCUUUACCUAGAUUCACCUAUUGCUCACAUAUUAAUAUUUUGCCUCAUUUGCUUUAGCUUUCUCUCUCCAUAAAAAAAUUAAGGCAUUUGAGAGUAAGUUGCAUAUAUCAUAGUUCUAUACUCGUAAAUGUUUAAUUCCUAAAAAUGUUCUCCUGCAUAACUGCAAUUUCAGUCAAUUUAAUAUUAACAGGAUUCUUGAACCUAGCAUCUGUCGAGUCAUGUCCUUCAGAGCAUUUUCCCUCCAGUAAAGCUUCCAGCCUAGGAUCAGACUCAACGGGUAGCUGUCCUGACUCACCUUUAUGUCAUCAAUAUUUUUGGGUCUCCAUCCAUUCAGAAGAAGCCAAAGGAGAAUUUCUUGGGAAGGAACUAGGGAUCGCUCUAGGUGAUCACCAGAAGACAUAAGGCUUCCCCUUGCCCUUUCGCAAAAGCGGAGCUGUAGCGGCGGUUCCUGUCCAUUAACAGAUGUUACUGCCACUCUGGCUUUUAAAAGUGACAGGGAACAGGGCUUUUAUUCAGGACUUUGGUCGUUACUCUGCAUAUGGAGUGUAAAACCCCUCUAAUAAAUUAGAUCUAGUUUCUUAAAUAAAAACGGCUACAUAAAAUUA